GCAUAAUUGGCCCAGCUGUCGCCCGUGUUAGGGGAGGAUUUGGCUGGGGUUGGCCGUAAUUGUAAAAUAAGUGUUUGUUCUUAACUGACUUGCAUAGUUAAAUAAAGGUUAAAGAAAAUAAUGUGGUAGGCAAAAUACUCUAGCAAUUACGGUAUUAUGGUCAAGGCAAUAAGAAGGAAGUGAAGGAUUAAAUGUCAUCCAUUUCUUUUCAACUCUACAGAGGAAUGAUGGCGCUCCGGACUUUAGGUUGUCACUUGGGGCGUUUUCAAGGGAUUUACCGCCAGCUACAGCCCCGGUCCUGUGGUCUGGCUGUGUUGGGGGUGCGGGGGCUACCUGUGGUGGGGGUGAGAUGUAAGAGCUCCGGCCCUGUACAGGUGAGUCACAUGGACCACCUGGUGUUGACCGUGAAGAGUGUUCCAGACACCUGCACCUUCUACUCCUCUGUCCUGGGCAUGGAGGUCAUCACCUUUAAGGGUAACCGUAAGGCGCUGUGUUUUGGGCAGCAAAAGUUGAACCUGCACCAGGUGGGUCAGGAGUUUGAACCCAAGGCUCUGAGACCCACCUCAGGAUCAGCUGACCUCUGUCUCAUCACCUCCACCCCCCUGGCUGCUGUAGCUACACACCUACAGGCGUGUGGUGUGGAGAUAGAGGACGGUCCGGUGGAGAGGAGUGGCGCGGUUGGACCCAUCACCUCUCUCUACUUCAGAGACCCAGACCACAACCUGAUAGAGGUCUCUAACUAUAACCGACCAACAAAGGACUGAGGCCUUAAGUCAACCUCUAACUACAUGUACAACCAACAGCCUUUAGCUAAACAUCUACCUUCAACAGACCAACAGCCUUUAGCUAAACAUCUACCUUCAACAGACCAACAGCCUUUAGCUAAACAUCUACCUUCAACAGCCUUUAGCUAAACAUCUACCUUCAACAGCCUUAGAACAACAACUUAACUGCAGCAGAACAACAAAGGACUAAGGGCAUUCUUAUAUUUUGUGUUUUUUGCUUCAGCCAACUUAUUUGUCUUUUGGCAGGAAGAUAACAGUAGUUAGACUGAAGGGUUAUUGCUAAGGUAACCCUUAGGAGGACAACAACGUAGUUCCUACGUGUCAUGUUUUGGCCUAGCCAGAUUUGUAUGUUAGCCAAUUCCUUUGUUGUUUGGGGUGAUGACAUUACUCGUUUAAAAAAAAAAAAAUGAAAACGGCAGAAUAGUUGUUUGAAGCAGAACCAUAUCUACAGUAGGUCAGUCUGCGUCGAUUCAGUAUCUACAUGGAGUAUCUUCAACUUUCUGGUCAGUCAGCGUUGAUUCAACCAACCAAAGUCAAUUUUUAAGAUGUAAAUGUAGCAUUACAGAUACUAUCAUAACUAAAUGCUGUAACUCUUAACUCCAGCUGGCCCUGUUUAGACCUGUUUAUUAAUGGCUCUUGCCAGUCCACUCUGGUACAGAGGCUGUUCAGUUCAUAUUGACGACAUGUAGCUACAGCUUGUUGUUUCAGCUAGCAGGACUAACGGGUCAGAUGGUGUCAGCAGGCAGGCAACCCCAGGGCCUUAUUACACACUGUAUGCAUCCCAAAUGACACCCUAUUAACUAUAUAGGUCAUUAGUCUUGACCAGGGUCCAUUGGGGUCUACAGUAGUGCACUAUGUAGGGAAUAUUGUUCCAUGUAACAGUCAGAGGGUAAGUGCAAUAUAGCGUGGGACAUAGUAUGUGUCCAAAAUGGCACCCUUCUCCUUAUGGGGCACUGAUCAAAAGUAGAGCACUAUAUAUGGUGCAAUUUAGGAAGCACCCUAUUUUCUCUCCAACUAUUCUCCUGAUCUGGCAGUCUCACUACAAAACCUGCCGGAACAAAGUCUCCAUGUCGAUUUGGCUGGCUAACCUCAGCUACUUAAAGUGCCCUGAAAUAGUAUGAAGACGUGAAAAACUAAAUAUUAUGGCAAUUAAGUGUCAUUAUAGCUUUCUGUACAUCCUGUCCCCCUGGUCUAGCUGCUUGUGUGAAGGUCUGUAUGGCUGAAUGCAAUACAUAAAACAAGCCCUUCUAUAUAAAAGGCGUGUGUGUGUGUGUUCUCAUCGCUGUGUAACUGGGGUGUUCCUAUGUAAAUGUGUCACGUUACAUUAACAUGUUAGUGUGAGUGUAGAGGCUCAGAGAGUUGGUUAUUUAACUGUAAGACAUUAUGGGGGAUGUUUGUCUUCUCCAUAUUGGAAUUCACAUUACUGUGAACGGAUCCAUGGAAAACCAACACGAUACACAUUGACACACACACAAAACACUGACAGACAUGGUGCUGUAGGAGGGAAACAAACUUCCUGUUAGUGCCCAUCCAUCAGGUCUAGGUUCUAACUUCCUGUUCUUACUGCCUACCCAUCCAUCAGGUUUAGGUCCUAACUUCCUGUUCUUACUGCCUACCCAUCCAUCAGGUCUAGGUUCUAACUUCCUGUUCUUACUGCCUACCCAUCCAUCAGGCUUAGGUCCUAACUUCCUGUUCUUACUGCCCAUCCAUCAGGCUUAGGUCCUAACUUCCUGUUCUUACUGUCUCGUGAAUUUAUGUAGGCUUGCCAUAACAAAGGGGUUGAAUACUUAUUGACUAAAGACAUUUCAGAUUUUAAUAUUUGAUUAAUUUGUAAACAUUUCUAAAAACAAAUGUCCACUUUGACAUUGUGGAAUAUUGUAUGUAGAUCAGCGGCACAAAAUCUCAAUAUUAUCCAUUUUAAAUUCAUGCUGUAACACAACAAAAUGUGGAAAAAGUCGAAAGGGUGUGAAUACUUUCUGAAGGCACUGUAGAUCACUUUUCCUUAUGUUGGUUUUGUUUUCGCUUAAUAACCAGGUAACAAAGAAAGGCUUGCUCCUUAACUGGAAUAGGCAUUAUUUCCAGUGUCUCCAUAUUCCAGUAACUUCCACUGUUGCCAAGCUAAUCUGUGUCUCCAUACUUGGUUUAGAGCUAGUUUAAAGAUAGCUACAACGUUCCUGGUUUCAGUGUUCAGGAUAUGUGAUAUUUACAGACCCUGCAUUGUGUAAAAUAAUGGCUAAUCUGGGAAUCACCUGGUGUAAAAGAGUUACUGGAAGAGAGAGUUUGUUUUAUGGGCGUCUGUGCUUCCUCAAAGGUAGUCAACAAGUGAAACAUCGGGGUCAUACUCUCUGGACAUUCCCUAGUUUGAUUUCUCUCCUUAAGUUACAGUUGAAGUUGGAAGUUUACAUACACUUAAGUUGGAGUCAUUAAAGCUUGUUUUCAACCAUUCCACUAA